AGGUCACCUCAUUGAUGCUUCCUUUCUAUUAGAAACAGUGAUUGGUUAAAUACAUUGAUUUAUCUAUACUAUAGAUAUCGAUCAAACUAUACUUAAAAAAAAACAAAAAUUUAGUCAAUGACAUCAUACGAAUAUUCUUUACGUCAUUUCAUUUCUUGUAUUGAAGUGUGAAGUGAUUCUUAAUGACAGCGUCUAUUUGAAAUAUGUCUAUAUAAGAUUCUCUGUGGUGCACAUUACGAAUAUAACUUCAACAUUUAAUUAUAUAAAAAAAAAUGGAGACUAUUAUACAACAAAAAGUAAUUGAAGUUGCAAAUACUGUUGAAAAACAAUUGGAUGCAGAAUUAGAGAGACUGGAUAAUUUAGAUAUUAAUGAUAUCGAGAAAUUAAGAGAAAAUCGUUUGCAAGAACUUAAGAAAUUACAGAAACAGAAACAAGACUGGCUUUCUUUGGGUCAUGGAGAAUAUACAGAAAUACCAGAUGAAAAAGAAUUCUUUGAAAUUUCCAAGAAAUCUCAGAAUAUUGUUUGCUUAUUCUAUAAAGAUGAUUCGCCAAGAUGUAAAAUCGUAGACUAUCAUUUCAAAAUAUUAGCUAAUAAGCAUUUGGAAGCAAAAUUUUGUAAAUUGAAUGUUGAACGUUGUCCAUUUCUUACCGAACGUUUGCGCAUAAAAAUAAUUCCUACAAUAGCGCUUAUAGUAAAUGGGAAAACAAAAGACUACAUUGUUGGUUUUACUCAAUUGGGUAAUUGUGAUGAUUUUUCUACUGAAACAUUAGAAAUUCGAAUUGCUCAAUCUAAUGCUAUUAGUUGUAAUGAUGAUUUUAUACAUUCUUCUAACAAUACUAAAAAGCCAUGGUUGUCUCAUAUAGUAAAACCUAAAACUAUUAAAGGACAUGAUUCUGAUGAUUCUGAUGAUGAUUAAACAUAUGAUCACUAUUAA